CGAUGACGAAAAAGGAAACGCAAGGAAGGGAAGGUUCGCCGGUGAGAAACCCUCCUCCUGAAUGAUGGCUGCCUCAGGGAGGCUGGCGUGCUUCCGCCUGCCCCCCCUGCCUUCUGUAGGUGAGCUGAUAAAGCUGUACAACCUGCGAGCUGAGAAACAGCUGUCCCAGAACUUUCUGCUGGACUUGAGGCUCACAGACAAAAUAGUGCGUCAGGCAGGCGGCUUGAGAGGUGCCCACGUGUGUGAGGUGGGUCCAGGUCCCGGGGGGCUCACCCGCUCCAUCCUCAAUGCUGGGGCAGCCGACCUGCUUGUUGUGGAGAAAGACACACGUUUCAUCCCGGGGCUGAAGCUGUUGUCUGAGGCAGCACCCGGCAGGUUGAGGCUCGUCCACGGUGACAUACUCACCUACAGACUGGAUCGAGGAUUCCCACCAAAUAUCUCUAAGCCGUGGGAGGGAGACCCUCCAGACCUUCACAUCAUAGGGAAUCUCCCAUUCAGCGUCUCAACCCACCUGAUCAUCAAGUGGCUGGAGAACGUAUCCAACAGAACGGGGCCCUUCGUUUACGGGCGCACUCGACUCACACUCACGUUCCAGAAGGAGGUGGCGGAGAGGCUGACAGCCAGCACAGGCAGCAAACAGAGGUGUCGUCUUUCCAUCAUGGCUCAGUAUCUCUGCACCGUCCACAACUGCUUCACCAUCCCUGGACGGGCCUUCGUCCCCAAACCAGAGGUUGAUGUGGGAGUAGUUCGCUUCACCCCUUUGGUUCAGCCCCAGAUCCAGCAGCCCUUUCAGCUGGUGGAGAAAGUGGUCAGGAACGUUUUCCAAUUCCGUAGGAAGCACUGCCAUAAAGGAGUGGAAAAGUUGUUCCCUGAGGCGUGUCGUGUUGAGCUGACACAGGAGAUGAUGCAGAAGGCGGACGUGGACCCCAUCCUGCGCCCUACAUAUCUCACCAUACCCCAGAUCAGGGCUUUAGUGGAUGCCUACGCUCAUCUCUGCGCUCAUGAGCCCGGUCUCCUCAACUAUGAGUUCAGAGAGGAGCUCAGACUGAAGCACAUUGCUAGAAAAAGGAACACGGCAUCUCCUACAUUUACGGACACGCCAGAGAGUCCUCCACAGCCCCGCUGAGGGGGGAGAAAGCGUGGACACCAAGAGAAGGCCACUAAUAGCUUCUGUUAGCACAGGGAGACAACAGUCUGCUCUUAGCUUUGACAUUUCCACCUGGCAUAAUCAUGCAUUUUUAAAGCCUUUCCCCUGCACACACACACGCGCGCGCACACACACACACACACACACACACACAGAGCAGUAGGUAAUUUGGUAUACAUGAAAUCCUGGGACUCACAGGCAGGACCCACACAGCAUACAAAGAUCCAGUGUGGGUUUGGAUCAGCUCCAGAACCAUUUCCUAGGAUGCAACAACCACCAGCAAAGUCGUGUGUUUUUGGGGAGGAUGAAGCAGACGGGCUACUUCGUUCCCCACAGUCUCUCUUUAAGAGCGAGCAUCUCUUUACGUCCCAGUUCUUCUUAUCCAUCUCACAUAGCACCUCGUCCUGUGGGACCUGAAAGAAACGUCAGUGUUUUCAGGGUGAUUUAGACAAGGAGAACAUGGCAGCUCCAUCUUCAGGCCUUUUUUCCCUUCCAGUCACUGGGGAGAUGGAGCUUAAAGGGACAAAGAAAGUGCUGUGAGUCUGUCAGCUCAAGAAAGACUCGUCAUACAAAAGAUGGCUCCAAUUAAAAUAUUUUUGUUCAAAAAUCUUUGCGUUGGAUUUUGUAGGUUGUUUGUGUAAGACUGUGUGUAAUUGGUACUAAAAUAUUAAAAUCUUAUAAGUGACAUAAGUUUCAUCAGAAAUAUUGAUAUAUAACAGCAUGUAGAGUAUUUCUCAAUAAACAUCAAUAAAAUCA